AUGAAAAUCAACGGUGCACUUUUCGCUCGUCUGGCGCUGCCGACGAAUGGCACUGUUCGGCCAGAGGAUGUCAUCCAGACCGAGAUCGUGCCCCUCGCCGACCGGGCGGUUUCGAUAGUCGUUUGUAACGUGCUGCUCGUGUUGCUCACAGGAGUAUGGACGGGCAUGCGGCUUUACAGCCGGCGGAAGAAGGGACAGUCUUUCACCGUCGAAGAUUACAUGACUGUUGUUGCCCUGAUUGCCUUUUAUGGGCUGGUAGCCUGUAAUUUCGUCAUGGUUUACCUAGGGGGAACUGGGCAUCAUGUCUUGACCCUCCAGCCCUACCACAUCACACGCAUGUCAAAGGCCGCGUACGGUGUCCAGACCCUCUUCGCCAUCUGCCUCGGCUUCAUCAAGAUCGGCAUCACCAUCAUGCUCCAGCGCAUCUUCUUCGUGCGGAAGUUCGUGAUCGCGGCCCGCAUCACCAUGGGCCUCUGCGUCUGCUGGAUGCUCUUCACGAUCCUCAUCGGCAUCUUCAUCUGCCAGCCCGUGGCCAUGAACUGGGACCCGGAGACACCCGGUGGCUGGUGCGGUGACCAGAACGCCGGCUUCGCCGCCGUGGGCUUCUUUGACCUCGCGACCGACCUCAUAAUCCUCGUGCUUCCGAUCCCCAUGGUCUACAAUCUGCAACUGCGAUUGCCGCACAAGGUGGCUUUGUACGCCAUCUUUGGUGCCGGCGCUCUAACAAUGAUCUUCGCUGCCAUACGCCUGAAGAAUGUCCUGUCAAUGGACUUCACCGACGUGACCUAUUCCCAAGUCGGUGUCGUGCUGAUGGGGACCCUCGAGCCUGGCGUCGCGAUCAUAGUAUCGAGCAGCCCCCUCCUGAAACCGAUAUUCGACGCCACCUUUGGCCGCUUCUGGACCCUCCGCGGCUCCACGGCGAGAUCCGGCGGCUCCGGGGCAGCCUCCGCGAAGCCGACAACUCUCCAGACGAUUGGCCAAUCCGGGCUACUCGGGUCGAAGCUCUCCAGGGCCGCGGCCGGUAGCGGAGGAGGAGGCAGGUUCAGCCAGAUGCCCUCGACCUACAGCGACGACGAUGACGUGGAAUUGGAUAGGCUGCGGGAGAAGAGGCAUGAUGUAGCGGUUAUGGUGGCUAAUGGGAACCAGUCGGAAGACAGCGUGGUGAGGGACUUCAAGGGGAGAGGGGAUGAUGCUUCGGGCUCCGAGGUUGGGAUCUUGGUGACGAGCAAGACGAGCAUUGUGAGCGAGGUCAGGGGGAAAGGGAACUAA